GUAACUUUAGGUGAGUGAUAAAGAUGAUACGGAUGCACUAGGUCAUUUGAUUAUUUACGUUUUUUGGAGUAUAUAAGAUGCACGUUUGCAGCAGACUCAGUGCAAAUCCUGAAGAAUCAUCAGCAUGAGUGGGGUACAACAAUACAAAGUUGCUGACAAAGUCUUCCUGGAGAAGCAAAGGGAGAUUCUCCGUCUUUUCCAACACGUGCACCAACCCACCUACUUCAAGGAUUUGAUCGAACUUGCAAAGACUUUCAAGUUCGAGGGACACUGGGAUCAAUGGACAAAGACCGAGUACGCUCAACAAUUCUGGCAAUACUACAAUGAGGAAGAUUUCUUGAAGCAGGAUGAGAUCUUCUCCGUCUUCCAUCCGGAGCACUUGAAGCAAGCCGUCGCUCUCUUCAAGGUGUUCUUCUAUGCUAAAGAUUUCGCUACUUUCUACAAGUGCGCUGUUUGGGCUCGUCAACACGUCAAUCCUGGCAUGUUUGUCUAUGCUCUUUCCGUUGCUGUCUUCCACUGCAAGCACACCGAAGGAAUUAUUUUACCACCAAUCUACGAAAUCUUCCCUCACUACUUCUUCACCAGCGAAGUCAUCACCAAGGCUAAGCAGUACAAGGAAGAGAUGAAGAAGAAAUCAGAUUUCAUCGUUCACGCCGAAUACACCAAGUACGAAGAGGAAUACCUGAGCUAUUUCACUGAAGAUAUUGGCGUUAACGCUUAUUACUAUUACAUGAACAUCUUCACGCCUUUCUGGUUGGAGCGCGAAUUCUCCAAAUACGAAGAUAUUCACUACGGUGAAUGGUUCCACUAUUACCACAACCAAAUCUUGGCUCGUUACUACUUGGAACGCUUAGCCAACGGCAAAGGUCAAAUUCCAACCGUCGAGUACGCAGAACCAACCAAGUUCGGUUACUAUCCAUCUCUCACUUACUUCAACGGUAAACCGUUCCCAUCCAGGCCGAAGAACGUGCAACUCAACUUCGACUACGAAGAUCAAGAAACUCACACGCUUAAGCACUAUUCCAUUAACUGCCAUAGCAAAGUCGAAGAUUACGAAAUGCGGAUCCGCGAUGCCAUCGACAUGGGUUGGGUGUACACUCCAGAAGGUAAAAUCGUCUACCUGUAUACCGAGGAAGGUUUUGAUACGCUCGGAAGGAUCGUGGAAUGCCAACCCGAGUCUCCAAAUGUCCGUUUCUACGGUUACCUGCAGAUGGUCACCCGUCAUCUUCUUGGAUACUCGCACAACGCUCUCGCUCCGUCCGUCUUGGAACAUUUCGAGACUUCGAUGCGCGACCCGAUGUUCUACCAAUUCUGCAAGAAGAUGAUGUACUUCUUCCACAGACAUCAACAUCAUAUGGGACCACACGAGAGGCAUCAUCUCCACUUCCAAGGCGUCAAGAUCGACGACUUCCAAGUCGAUCAUCUGGUGACGUUCUUUGAUGAACACUGCACCGACAUCAGCAACGCUCUCACCGUCGACGAGGAAGAAUUUACAGAACAAUCCUGCGAUGUUCAAGCUCGGCAAUUCCGUUUGAACCAUAAACCGUACAACUACAAGAUCCACGUGUCCAGCGACAAAUCCGUGGAUGCUUUCGUCAAGGUUUUCAUCGGCCCCAAACACGAUGAGUUCGGACACGAAAUGCAAAUGAAGCAUAACUACAUGAACUUCUACGAAUUGGACAGGUUCAAGUGCACUUUGAAAUCCGGACAGAACGUCAUCGAGCGUAACUCACGCGAAACCCCGAACUUCAUCACCGAGCAAUACUCUUUCAAGACUCUGUACAACCAAGUGGAUCAAGCUUUGAACGGAGGCGAAUCCUUCAAGGUCUACCAUCCUCAAGUCUAUUACAACUUCCCGCAGAGGUUGAUGCUCCCCAAGGGCACCGUCUCUGGCAAGUCUUACCAAUUCUUCGUCGUGGUGACCGACUACCAAUCUACCAACGAUUUGUACGCUGAAUGCCUGGUUGACACUCACUAUCCAGUGAGUUAUCCAUUGGACAGACCAAUUGAAUGCGAGAAGGAAUUCUUUGUUCCAAACUUCUUUACCAAGGACGUCAAGGUCUACCACGAAGAACACCAGGAAGUCGAGAAGAUGUUGUACAAGAAACAUUAAAUAGC